CUCGCUGACGGUCACCGGUUCCGUAUAUUUUCAGUCGACUCCAGGCCGAUCCGCUGACGAGAGCGUCGCUCCGCUUUUCACAGGAAAAUCCCAUUCCGGGGAAGAAAGUCCGGAGUUUUCCGCGUCAAAAUAAAAAAAAACGAAACCCGGAGUUUUUUUUUUGGUGGUGUUGUACUGCGUUAGUAGAGAGUAGUAAGAUAGUCCGGGCGUGUCAUUUUUGGGAUUUUUCUUUUUUUUUUUUUUGGGAAAUAUGAGAGAUUUGUGCGAUUUUGUGGUGCCCUCGAGGAUUGGAUUGAGGUGAUUUUUUUUGUGUGAAACUGUGAGGGAAUUUUUUUUUUUGAUUGUUGUGUUUGUGUGCACGGUUCGGAGGGUUUUCCCGGAAGGAAAUUUUCGAAUGGUCCCAAGAGUUUCUGCUGCAACAUGCAUCAUAGAUAAUCGAAGAUAAAGCCCUUCGGAGGAACGCCGUUUUAUCACUAUUGAUAACCACACUUUUGCACCGUACCCGUCAAAAAUGUCCACCUACAAGUUCCUGAUCCUCCUGUUGCGGAUAGGGGCGUUCCUGAAACUCGCCAUGGCAGAACAGAAGUUCGCAAUGCAACCCCAGGACCAGACCGCGGUGGUGGGAUCCAGGGUGACCCUCCCUUGUCGGGUUAUCGGGAAAGCCGGGAUGCUGCAAUGGACCAAGGACGAUUUCGGCCUGGGAACCCACAGGAAUUUGAGCGGGUUCGAGCGGUAUUCGAUGAUCGGGAGUGACGAAGAAGGUGACUAUUCCUUGGACAUUUACCCAGUGAUGCUGGACGAUGAUGCCAAAUACCAAUGCCAAGUGUCUCCCGGGCCAAACGGGGAGCCAGGCAUCCGAAGCAACUUUGCUUCCCUGAACGUCCUGGUGCCUCCGGACCCCCCUAAGAUCGUCCAGGGGGACUACAUGGUGACCACUGAAGACCGAGAGAUCGAGUUGGAGUGUAUUAGUUAUGGGGGGAAGCCCGCUGCUGAGAUUACUUGGAUCGAUGGACACGGCAACGUCCUUAAAGACGGCAGCGAAUAUAUCGCGGAAGAACUGCCGGAUAAACGCCGGUACGUUGCCAAAUCGAUCCUGAAAUUAACACCGAGAAAACUGCACCAUAACACCACCUUCACUUGCCAGGCGCAGAAUACAGCAGAGAGAACCCAUCGAAGUGCCAAGUUAAAGUUAGAGGUCAAGUACGCACCGAAGGUGACCGUAUCGGUGAUUUCCGGGAUGAGCCAGAGCGGCCGGAUUCCCGAAGGAUCUGAGGUCCGUCUGGGAUGUAAAGCAGACGCGAACCCCCCCACCGUCUCUUACAAAUGGUUUAUGAACGACGAACCGAUCAUAGGGGAUUUCACUACGGAACUGGUGAUCCAUAACGUAUCCAGGAAACACCACGACGCGAUCAUCAAGUGCGAGGUGCACAACGCGGUGGGGAAGAGCGAGGAGAGCCAGACCCUGGACAUAAGUUACGGACCUCAGUUCCGUACUAAGCCACGAUCAGUCCAGGCCGACCUGGGUGCCACGGUGGUCCUAUCUUGUGACGUAGAUGGGAACCCAAUACCAGACAUCACUUGGUACCAUGAAGACGUCAAGAUCAGCACCAGUACCAACCUCACGGUGCGGGUGGACCAGACAAACGCUGGUCGUUAUUACUGUAAAGCACACGUGCCAGGUUUCCAGGACAUCGGGGCCGAGGCCGCCAUCUAUCUCAAAGGCCCCCCGUCUAUAGUCUCCCAUAAGACCCAAUUCGGAAUAGAGGGAGACAACGUGCGGGUGGAAUGUAUCGCCUUCUCCAUUCCGGCUCCCGAACGCGUGAUCUGGACAUUUAACGGAAAAGAGGUGGAUCUGCACGAUCAGGACUAUUCCAUCCUGGAGGAUCCGCUCCCGGAAGGGAUCAAGUCCACGCUGAUCAUCAGGGAAUCGGAGGAGAAACACUUCGGGAUGUACAAUUGCAGCGUGAGCAACCCUUACGGGAGCGACGUGGUCGAGAUCAAUUUGAUGCCUCAGAAGAGUUUUCCGAUGCUGAUGGUCAUCGUGGGAGCCGUAGGUGCGGUCAUUUUGCUGAUCAUCAUCAUCAUGAUCGUGUUUCUAUGUCAGAGGCAGGGUAACAAGAAACCACCACCAGAGAACACCCACACCAUCGAGAAACAAUGCAAGGAAUCGGACCGCAGUUCGAACAUCUCAGAUCUGAAAUUGGACCUGCGAACCGGCUCGUCGAACUCGAACAUGCACUGCGACAUGGACUACAUCCCGGGCGCAGAAUCUGAGACCGGUUCCGAGUCGGUCAUAACGAGAAUCGGGAUCCCGUUGGCCGGUUCGGUCAGUGUGGCCGGACAAGACAUUUAUCGAUACUCAAACGACUAUACCGAACCCAGUUUCCCGCCAAAGGACGGUCAAAACAACAACGGCUACGUCACCUACGUGGACUACUCGCAAGACUACAACCCCCCAGUGAUGCAACCCCCCAUCUCGACCUCAAUGGGCGGCGAGAGCCUCCAGUCCACCCGUCUGCAGCUCAACUCCCUCCAGAACCACCAGAUGAGCCACGGGGGAGGCAACGGCAACAGCCUCCCCCUCAACGACCUCUCCGACCUGCACCUCUCCCACUCGAACGGUUCCAUACCGGGAAUCGAUCCGAGGUUCAGCGCGACCUACGGGAACCCUUACCUGAGGAACGCGACGAGCGUGGGUCUACCGACCCCGAAUACGGCGAACCCGGUGGCCACCCCCGCACCUCCGCCCUACAGCAGGGAGAAUUCGCGGCUGGGGCUCUCGGGGGGCAUGAUGGUGACCGCGGGGGCGAACUCUUUAGUGUCGAACGGUGCGAACGGGAGUGUGGUGCCCCAAGUGACCCGAUUACCGAACUCGCCCACUAGUCAGUACAUAGUGCCCAGUUCGACGAUAAAAAGGGGGACCCUGGCCACCCACGUGUAAUUAAUAUAAUAAACGGUGCGAGUUUCUUAAAUUAGGGGGGGCCCCCUAGGUGCCCCUCUUGGUGUAAAAUAUUCUAAUGGGCAGAAGGGAAUUUGUCCCGAAGAAGUUGCGUGAAGUACUUCUUUAAAUCGCAAAACAGUUUUGCUACUAUUUAUUUUAUUCUGUGGCACGUGUUUCGAAUACGAUGUUAUAGCAUCUUCAAGAGAAGAUGGUAUAGUAGUCUAAAUAAGAAUGUAACUAAUAGAGUGAAAUAUCCAAGAGAAUGCUUGGAAAAGUGUGAGUAAUAUAAUUAAAGUAUUUAAAUUCUUCCAGGCAGUUGGAGCCUUAUAGGGAUCCAAAAUGAAAACUCAACGUUUUUCCAGCCUUUCCUGAAAAAAAUGUACGAAUCCUUAGAGGGAUAUCGUGAUAUUGGAAUUCUUAUUACAGGAGUGCCUGUGAGGAACGAGUUUUCACUUUUAGUGAUCAACAUUUUUGAUUUUUGAAUCCCUUGCAGGACUUUUCUGAACAAAAAAUGUGAAAUUUCUUCCAGGCAAUUGAACCCAACUGAACAAGGCUUAAACACUAACUAAAUUAUGCAAAAGUUGCACCCAUUUUUUAAGAUAAAGGAUCAAAAGAUGAUGUUAUUAAAUAUCACCCUAUUACCUCUGUUACCAAGAACUUUGACGGUACAUUAAGAGCCACUUUGAACAAAAUAAUAUAUUUCUUGCAGGGCAAUUUGGCAUCCAAAAAAGGGAAAAUCAUAUGCCUCCUUCUAUGAUCUAACGAAAGCGUUUGACUGUUGUCCAAUUUUACUCAAAAAUCCAGCUCAUUGCAGCUUUGCCAACAACAGUUUAAGUGAAGGUAAAAUUCUUGUUUCUUUCGAUGUAUCUUCUUUGUUAACAAGCAUUCCUACACCACAAAUUUUGAAAUAUCUAAUUAAACUUUUGAAAAGUAAUGACCCUGGGACCUGUCUAUCUAAAACCUAGAUAUAAGUGCUUCCAGUGCAGGAAUUUCCUUCAUUCUUUUUACGGAGGCGGAAGAAAAUCCCAAAGAAUCUUUUAAAAUAAAAAUCAAUUGAAUCUGAGCACUAGAAGUAAAGUUAUAAAGCAAUUUGUCCAAGAGUGAUUGGUUCCCCGUGGCCCCCUAGACCUUUGUUUUAAAACCUGAAUAAAAUGCUUCCAGUGCAUGCAUUUUCUUCAUUCUUUCAAUAGAGGCAGAAGAAAAUCCCAAAGAAUCUUUUAAAAUAAAAAUCAAUUUAAUCUGACUACUAGAAAUAAAGUUAUAAAGCAGUUUACCCAAGAGAGUUUGGUUUUCUUUGGUACCCAAGACCUGACUUUCUAAAACAUGAAUACAAAUUUGUCUGGUAUAUGGAUUUCGCUCAUUCUUUUAACUGAAGCAGAAGAAAACCUCAAAGAAUUUUUUAAAACAUAAAUCAAGUCAAUCUCAGCACUUGAAGUAAAGUUAUAAAGCAAUUUACCCAAGAAUGCUUAGUUUCCCGUGCCUCCUGGACGUGUUUUUUUAAAACCUGGAUAAAAAUGCUAUCAGCGCAUGGAUUUUCUUUAUUCUUUGAACAGAGUCGGAAAAUAUCGUAAAGAAUCUUUUAAAAUAAAAAUCAAUUCAAUCUGACCACUAGAAGUAAAGUUAUAAAGCAAUUUACCCCAGAGUGCUUAGUUCCCCGUGGCCCCCCAGACUUGUUUUACUAAAACCUCGAUAAAAAUGCUUCCAGUGCACUGAUUUUAUUCAUUCUUUUAAUAGAAGCUAAAAAAAACCCUAAAGAAUCUUUCAAAACAUAAAUCAAGUCCGAGAAAUAAUUGAUUAACAAUUUUGCAUGUCACGAAAAAUUUGUCAAUGCAACAAUUCGUAUUAUGAACAACUUGAGGGUACAUCCAUGAGUAAAUGGCUCUCUCCCUUUCUAGCAGAGCUCUUAAUGAACCUGUUUUAAGUUAAAUGAAUAAUCAAUUGUAUACUUCAGUGAGUAUUUAAACUUGGUUCAGCCAUGUUUCAUUGGAUUUUUCGCUCUAUUAGUUACAUCUUUAGUACAUAAGGCCACUAAUAAGUAAAUUUUAUUUAGUUUUAAUUUUUGUGGCUUAGUGGUAAAACUGUUUUGUGAUUGCAGCAUAGACUACUUCUUCGCGAUAAGUUUGUCUCUGUUCAACCGUGAUUUUUUUACUUAUUUAAUAUCAUAAAAGAAAACGAGAAAGACUGAAUAAAUACACACACACACACAAUCGUGGUUCUGUUUGUUAUUUUUCAUGUAAGGGGGUCAAGCCCCCAUUUUUUGUCUCAUUUCAACUAGCGGAAUACGUGUGGUCAAUAUUAUUUUUUUAAAUAAUUACCGAAUUACUACGUCGUGUGUUAAUCAAACGUGGGUUACUUUUGAUUGGGAAGUUGGUUGGAUAUUUUGUGUUGGUUGGGUUGGCGACAGGCCAUUUUCCAGGGCGUACCCAGAAGAGCAGAAAGAUAUUUGAAGAAGUAGUUUUUCAGAAAACUGGACGGUAGGGAGGAGUCAAAAGAUAAAAAACAGGAAAAAAUUCAAAACAUUUAGAAAACUUCAUAAGAUCGUUUGGAAAAUUGAAAAAAAUCCUGGAAAACUCUUCUAUUUCUGGGACAUUCUAUUCUAGUGCCCAGUUUUAAGAGCCAACCUUAAUAGUUGUGCCAUAAGUAUUUCCUCCUGGAAUAUCUACACAAUUUCCCAUAUAAAAAAAUAUCAAAAAAUUUUGUAAAUAAGUACAUAUCAAAGAAAAGUCGGAUUUUUUUGUUGUUGAAAACACCACCCGACAAUAUCGUUACGUCAAUUUUCCUUACAAUAAAAGACGAAUUUCCCCAUAUAGCAGCGUGAACUCGGUUUUCGGCCAUAGAGCUUCCAUAUAGUCAAUUUUCUUCAGUUUUUUUGGGCCUAAUUUGAAAUACUGACGGCUUAUUAUAUUCUAUAUAGCGAAAAUUGUUCUUGUUAAUAUUAUAAAGUAUAUUAUACCAAAGAUAUUUUUUGUAUAUUAUUAAAAAAAAAAUAACAAAUUGAUGUAUAUUUUUUAAUUAUUCGGGUGGCAACGAUUCUGUAAGUUCUGAAGUUUCAGAAGGCCUAGAAAGUAGUAGUCAAUCGAAUUUUUGUAUAUUUUAUAUUGUUAUAUCAUAUAGAGUUGUCAAUUUUUUUUUGUA